CAUCUAAUAAAUUUCCGAAACAAUAAUGCUUAACUGUGUAUUUAUUACCUUAAAAGUGGAUAAUUAUUAAUGUGAAUUGUUAUCGAUUGUAUAAAUGAAAAAAAAAGUGAUUUUUCUUCUUGGAAAUAAAUGACUGCGAAUUUUCACAUAUUUCGCUAAUUUUUACAUACAUAUACUGCGGCGUAUGAUGCAGAAAAGUUUUGAUAACUUUAGACUUUAAUUUCAAAAUUCUUAAAAAUAACGCUGUUAAUAAGAAGAGGUGUAACUAAAUAACACAUUGUGCGACCUACGCGCAACAAUAUGGCACCGGCGCCCCAACCCCUUGAGGGCAAAUUUCAAGGUCCAAUGGCCGGCUACCUACCCUCAGGACAGGAGGGUGGACCUCGCAUGAACACAAUUUCUCUUGCUGUACUCAUUGAUUUUAUUAUUCAACGCACUUAUCAUGAUCUCACUGUGCUCGCAGAAUUGUUACCACGCAAAACUGAUAUGGAACGCAAGAUCGAGAUUUACAAUUUUUCGGCGCGAACUAGGCAGCUAUUUAUACGACUUAUUGCCUUGGUAAAAUGGGCCAAUUCUGUUUCGAAAGUGGAUAAAUCAGCUAAUAUCAUGAGCUUCCUGGAUAAGCAAAAUAUGCUGUUUAUAGAAACUGCGGAUAUGUUGGCGCGCAUGUCGCGGGAAACGCUUAUACGUGCACGUCUGCCAAAUUUUCAUAUCCCUGCCGCUGUGGAGGUGCUCACCACUGGCACAUACAAUCGUCUUCCCACAUGCAUUCGCGAGCGCAUUGUGCCUCCGGAUCCCAUAACACCUGCAGAAAAGAAGCAGACUCUUUUGAGGCUAAACCAAGUGAUACAACAUCGUUUGGUCACCGGCAAGUUAAUGCCACAAAUGAGAGAAUUCAAAGUAGAUUUAAAUUGA